AUGAGCUCUUGCGGCGUAGGGCGGCAGCUGGAGAAAAUAACCAAACGUCUUGAAGCUCCAGAGAGAAGCGAGAUCUUCCUGGGGCCAGAUGGUAUUGAAUACCGCGGGGUACCAACAGGGAACGGAUUAUCCUAUGGACUCGUCAUAAUCGGCCCCUGGAUGCCAAAGAGAGACAUUAUCUGGAGUCAUCUCAAGAGGGACGAGUCUACGAUGGCCGUUGAUAUACCAUGUACAGCUACAAAUUCCAACUCACUUCAAGUUCCCUUAAGUUCAUCAAAGUCUCCAGUUUUCUAUGUAACAUUCUCUAAGUUCACCAAAAUUCCUCAAAGGUCACAUCCUCCAAGUUUCAAAAUAACUUUCUCUAAAGUUCACCAAAAGUUUUUCCAGUAUCUCGAGGUUAAGUUCUCUCGCCUCCCUUCUCUCUCCUCCCCUCCCCCCCUUCAGCUAUGGCCUGAAGUGGGACUCGAAGCUCGCCAACCCUCGCCAGACUCAAGGACGUCGAACUCUUUCCUCAAACGUCGGUCUCUAGAGGAAGGGGUGACGUCGGCAGCGAGAACGCCAGGUGGCCCUACGUCUAUCGAGUCACCUGCCGGGAGAACCAGCUGUGCCCCCCCAGCUGCGUUCAGGUGGUGCAAGGUGGCUCUAAGAUCAACGAGGUCUGUCAGAAAGACUCAAGGGGACCCCCUGCACCUCAAAGGAAGUGAGAAACGUCGAAGGAAACGAAAGAAGAAGAAGCAGAAGAGGAAGCGGAGGAAGAAAAGGAAGAAAAAAAGGAAGAGGAAGAGGCACGGGGACGAUAAGACCCGCUCUCGCCCAGGGUCCCGCUCCGCCCCGCCGCCGUCGCUCGCGCCUCUGAGGCCCGGCGGCGUCAAGGUGCAGGGGAAUGGCGGGCCCUCGCAAGCCGUCAGGGGGGAGAGGGGGAGGGGACCUGGAAGGCAGAGCACCGGGCAGGAGCAGCCGAGGCAAAGCGUCCGCGCAGAAGGCCUUCCGCAGGUGCCGUCCCUCCUUCUUCCCCUGGAGGUGAUCGACAGCCGCACCCUGGCCAGGCUGCGCUACAACCCGAGCAUCCGAGUCAGCAUCCAGGUCGUGGACGCUGAGCAGCAGGAGGACGAGGUCGGACCCGCCGAGAGCCCUGGCGAGGGAGGGCCGGAGGGAGGUCACGUCGCCCCGCCUCGGUGGCCCGGUGAGGACGCCAACAGGAUCACAGAGCUGUUCACCCACGAGGAAAAACUCAGGAACGCCGCCCACUCUCCCUCGUCCACAAGAAGCCGCCCAUCCUCAUCGCAUGAGACCGAGAAGCAGGACGAGGACCUGAAGAAGCAGCAGAAGGAGGAGAAGAAUGAGGAGGAGGAGGAGGAGAAGGAGGAGGAGGAGGAGGCGUUGUUGGAGGAGAAGGGGAAGCUGGACCCCUUGCAGAAGCACGCCCCUCGCCCCUCCUUCUCUGCGCCUCCCUCGGGAACUUGGCCCAACAGGAAGCGUUUUCCUUGGAAGAAGAAGAAGAAGAAGAAGAAGAAAAAGAAGGAAAAGGGGCAACCACGGAAGAGGAACAGAAGCGAGGGCGGUGAUAGAGGGAGAGGAGGGAUGGAUGAAAGAAUGGAGAUGGAGAAAGGAAGAGAAAGAGAAGGAGGACUAGUGAAGGAAGAGGAGGUGGAGGAGGAGGACGCUGCUGCCGACGACUACGAGGACGCUGACCCUCGGGACGGCGUUCGGGUCGAGGGAGCGGACGAAGAGGAGCUGAGGUCGACCCGAGAGCUGGUGGUGGGGCUGGCCGACGCCCUCGAGGAGCUGCUCAAGGGCGGCUUCAAGGGCGCCGAGGAUAACGAGGAGGACUUUGUCGAAGACAUAUGCGGUGCAUGGACGGACUGUCGCGUGGAGAGGGCAUUGCAAGAACUAGCUCAAUUGCAUGCACUGCCAUCUUGUCCUUGUGUCUACCCAGCCGACCUGGUCUACCGCGAUGCAAUACACGACCCGCUGCUCAAUGCAACGUUCAGGUGGUUAGCGGUGAGCAAGUCGAGGGAGAGAAUUGACGUGUACCAUAGGGGCGCCGACGUUUGCAUUCGCUCGCUGCUCCUGCCACGCCCACGCUCCCUCGCCGCCCAGACCUGUUGCUACAGUAGGGACCGCCACCUCCUAACCCGGGGCAGCGGGGCGGGGACUCCUGCCCUGGUGAGUCCUGAGGUGAAUCCUGCCCUUCAUCGCAAAGUGGACAUUCUUCCCUGGUUGGCCUGUCGAGGAAACUUUCUCAGGUAUCAAGCAGUUCGCCCACCAAACAAUGGGCGUCACUGCUACACUAAUCCAGAUGACGCGGUUUAUCAGCAACAAAUUUACAUGGCUACUGAUUACUAAUUAGGAUUGGUCUGUUGAUUCGCAAACACACG